GAAGGAUUUUGAACAGACGAGGAAGAAGAUGCAGACUUCCCUCCAACAGCAGGAGCUGCCUACUUCUCACGCUCCGAGUCCUCAGAAAAACCAAGCAGGAGGAGUCGUUCAUCAAGUAGUAGUUGAGCGUCAAUCUGCUGUCGUCAAUAUCGAGCCAUCAACCACUACUAGAAAUGCAGUUGCAGCAGGUGCUUCUCCCUCUAGAUGUCUUUCCACAGCCACUUCGCGGCGUAGCUCAGGUGCAGGAGCAGCCAUUUUAGUAGGACCAUUUGCCUCAUCAGCUUCAGCUUGUUCAACGCUUGUCGGAGGUGCGACCUCCGGAAUUUCCUUGAGUCCACCAUCAGCACGCAACCAAGCCAAGAAGAAAGUGGUCAAUCAUGCUUCUCCUGGUCGACGAAGUCCAACCCUCAAUACCAAGCAAGAGCAACUACAUCAGGAUUUUGUCCCUCUCUCAGAAAGAGGAAGUGGAACAAGUAGAGGAACAAGUAGAACGGUGUUUCAACCAGCUUCUGCUAGAAGUAGCCCGUCACGACCAGGACUGCUGCCUCCAGGUGACGAGGAGGGUGGUUUAGCUUCGUCCUCGCUCUUUUACAGCACUUCAACAGCAGCUUUUAGCAAGAGUCCGAUUCCAAAAAAACAUGGUCAGGGAAGUGGGGUCGAUGAGGAAGUGGCGAAUCCAACAGAGGAGGGUAGUCUUCCAACGCAGACGGGCGGCGGGGGAGCGACGCAGCUCAUGGUAUCUACGUGUAGAAGUGUUGAGACUUCUAUUCAGCUUACUGACAUUAUAAUGCACACACACACACGACACAUCACAACUCUACUACCUUCAGGUCCGGCAAAAAAGCGCUCUCGAAAAACCCGAGGAUUUGAAGAACGUGGUCGACAAAAUUGAGGCACUUGUUUCGCGCUUACAGCUGAAGUCCUCUCCGACUAUGAAGUCCUCUGGUGCUUCUCCGAUGCUGACGAGGGACACGGUGACUAAGCCUUCUUUUGAAGCACAGGCAGGUCGAAACGCUGGUCGUACAAAAAUAACUGCUUCACCUGGCUCUUUCGAAGAUCAAGUGGCUACACGUAUUCCUGUACCAGUGGCCGCGCCAUCACCAGUGACGACAGCGGUUUUUGCUCAAGAAGCAGUAGAUUGUUCAGCAGGAGCUCUAAAGAGUCCACGUGUCCUCGACUCCAAAUUAGUCGAACCAAGUAGGAGGGACUAUCAUCAUCCUAGACGGACUAGUUCAAGGUUCUCUCUGGGGAAGCGGAGAGAAGAUGAGGUUCCAGCACCUGAAGAUGUUGGAGCAGGUGGACGAUCAUCAGUAGAGCAACAAGACUACAACAGUAGCAGAGAAGAGCCAGGACGAGCACUAUUAGGACAACAUGAGCAUCAUGGAGAAGAAGAGCAGCUGCUCCUAGAAGACCAAAGCUACGACCAGCCGUCCUUCUCCAUCCUAGGUAAAAGCACAGCAGGUAGUACAACUUCGAGACAUCAACAGCUUUUGUCAGAGGAUAUAGUCAGGACAGCACGUGAUGAGAUGCGCUGUGACGUGGACUUGGCGACGUUGAUGGGCAGACCCAAAACUCCCGGCGAGUCGUCAGUUCUCGAAAAGCCUCUUACGUUUCUCACUCCGAACCAAAACGGUCUAGACUUGGAAAACAUCUGUCGCGAUGCAGCACUGCUGAAAACGCCUAUGGGGUCGAGGACCACACCGGAAGACAGUAAAGCGUUUGUAGAUGCAAAGUUGGAGGAAAGUGCGCAGAGAUUGAAAGUUCCUAGUCGGGCUGUGAGCUGCCCAAGAUUGCGGUCACCUGCCGAAAUGUGGGCUAACGCUGAGAAAAGAGCUAGGGCAGCCGUCAUAAGCGAAGCAAAGGAGCGGAUCCGCAUGAGGGAAGAGCUUUUCGCGAGAUUUCAACCACCUCCAGGAGUCCACGUAGAAGUGGUCCCUUCUGCGUGUACUACAACAAUCGUACCGACGAGUAGACAAGCGUCGCCGAUGUUGCAAAAAGAUGCGAGUAGUUGUACUAGUUGUAGAGGGGGAUCUCCAGCACUAAGUAGAAUUGCGGCGUCUAGUUCCUGUGGUACUAGUUCAAGGCCGCUUUUGACAAGGCAACUGUUGUCCUCUGGCACAAAACAUCACCAGUUUUCUCAAAACUCUCUUGCUCCCUCAGCCUCACCACCGCAACGACUACGCGGAUCGAAUUCAACAUCGAAUUCAACUGUGCGUUUGCCUCCUUCACCGGCGCCAAUGGUACUCGUGGAGUCACAGUUUACCACUACUGCUGCUGCCACCCAAACUCCAGCUCGAGCAGUCUCAACGCACCGUUGCUCCAAACCCACUCGCGUAGAACCAAUGAAGAAGCUAAAAGUCAAGGUUUGGCAACCAGAACGUUCUCCGACUACGUCAGCUGCAAGUUCUCCUCAGUCACCAAAAGGAGCAGCAAGUAGUGCGAGGAAGAUCUUACCAUCACCUUCGAUCUUGAGCACAUCACCAAAACUACCGAAUCGAGGAGGAGGGCCGCUUGAUGCAUUCAGCAUGCCCACAGGAGCGGCGGCCCCUCCAGUUGUGCCAACUGCUUCCUCAAUAUCUUCAAAUUUAGAUGUUCACGUUGUGCCACCACCUCCAAGAACGGCAAAUGCUCUGUUAGAAUACACCAAAGCUCCAGGUGGUUCUAUUUCUGGGAGCUAUCCAUCUAGUACAGAACCACCAAUCGUAGUAUUUGCUACUGGGACUGGGGGGGAUGUUCAUAUUAGUGCUGCUGCAGACGGUAUUAUUUCUGGCACACGGAGUGCCCCUGCAGCUUCUGAAAUGAUCAGAGGUGAAGGUGGUGCUCUCGGUGAAAAUCGCACUACAGGUCUUCAUGGCGAUCAGCAGAUGCUAGGAACAAGCAGCAACUCUCUUCUAGGAGGAGGAGCACACACGAGUGAAGGAGAAGGCGCUAGUAAGAAGAGAAAACCACAAACCUUACCACGCUCUCGAUUUGCACCAAGUCCUUUUUCGCCGCCGCGCAGAAGAUAGAAGAUUUUGAUUUUCAUUUUGUCUAUUACCUACAGAAGAUGCUGUCAGUUUUUUCAGAAUUAUUCUAAACAAACCAACAAUUGAAAUCGUCAAUUUUAUUGUGAUUCUUGUCUUUUUCAACAAAGAAACAGCCAAACUACAUUUCAAGCUUAGACUUCAUUCCCAUUUACAACUAAUAGUAAGUAUAUGUUCUUACUCAUUGAAUCCGCCAAAAGUUGCUACUUACAUUACAAUACUCAGACAGCGCAUGAGAAGGACCACUGGACAUCUCCAGACAAGAAUUGGGACACAAAGUUGUUGGACCCUUGUUUGUAGUUGAGGGAAAAAA